AUGUUAGCGGCCCUAAGCCCCGGGGGCUCUGAGCAGCAGGAGCGCCCCGCAGCUCUCCCGGGGCUGGUGCGCGAUCCGCACGGGCUGCAGGACCCGGGAGAGGGCCCCGUCCCCGCGGCGCAGCAGGUGGGCGAGGCGAGGGGGCUGCCGGCGGGCGGCCCCGAGAGGCUCUUGGGCGCCCCUCGGGGGCAGAGGGACGGCGCUGAGGCCCCCAAGGCCUCGAAGGCCGCUUGGCUCGGGCCCCCGGGCAGGGAGGCGUCGGCGAGCGUGAGCGCGGCGCAGCAGGAGACGGCUCUGCAGCGGCUGCUGGAGCUGCACCGGGAGGCCCGGUGCCGGCGGCGGCAGGACCGCGAGCAGCAGCGGCUCCGGGUCCUGGAACGCCUCCGCAUCGCCAGGAACCGCCACUGCCGGGUUCACCCCCUGGGGCCCCCACCCUGCCCGGCUCAGCUCCCGCCGCAGGAGGACGCGGCGGGGCAGCGGCGCGCCCUGCGGGAGCAACUGGAACAGGUGCACCGGGAGAGGACCGGGGGGCUGCGGGCCCUCGGGGCCAGGAACACCCAGAACUUCCAGCAGCUACUGUGGCCCCCUGGCGCUGAGGAGCCUGCACCAGGAGAGUAGUGCUCACGCUUCCCCGCCCCCUGUGGCCAUUGCUGAACCUUCAAGGGGAAGAUUAAAGACACUGCGGUUA